UCAUAUAACCCGAGCUCCGCCGUAGCUCCAAAAUGGCGUCCGGUGAUCAGAAAUUCGCAGAACGAAAGAAUCAGCCGGUAUCUCCUCCGACGCCGAUUGUGCAGCCAACUUCUCCGACGAAGCGUGUGUUGAUCACUACCCUUCUCGCAGGAGUUAUUGGAGGAGGAGCUGCUUUAGUGUCCAAACACCGGAAAGCUUAUCCCAAUAUUCCCACUGUUUAUGCUACCAACUUCGCCAUCGUCGCUGGUUGCUAUUGCGGAGCUCGUGAGUUUGUGAGGAUAACUCGAAGAUCAGAACAUGAUGAUGUGUUGAACUCAACUAUUGGAGGGCUUUUCAGUGGUGCUUUACUUGGAAGACUUCAAGGAGGUCCAUAUGGUGCAUUGCGCUACUCUGUCAUUUUUGCUGCUAUGGGCACUGCAUCUGCCUAUGCCGGCCAUAAAGCAAAAGCAAUGUUAGAGAACCACCGUAACAAGGAUUCAAUCAAGUUGCCUGAGUGGUUUCCUAUUCAAAUACUCGAUGACGAAGCCUUAGCAAAGAAGAAAGCUCAGGAACAGAAGAUAUUCGCUGAAAGAUCAUUUGGGAGAUUGAACAAGGAAGAGACUUGACUACUUAGGUCUCUAGGUUAGCUGUUUCGUGAAUGUAACUCUGUGGUGUUUAGAUGAGACUUGACGAGGACUUCUUUUGAGUUUCCUAUUGGGAAACAAAUCUUUUCUUUAGCCACAAGAAAACCUCGUCCAGAGACAAGUUGUAUGGUGACCUACCGUGAACGUAUCUAAUAUCUCUAUCUAUAUUAUUCAUGGUUGA